CCCGUUAGUUGCGUCUGCCGAUAAUAGCACAUCAGCCAGAGCGCUGCUACUGGGUGAGCAGAGCACAGGCAGCGCAGAGGACUGAGCCGCUGAGCACACAAUGGUUCACCAGACAGGGAGCGUGAAGGGAGAGCGCAUCCGCACAUGUACAGGAGAGGAGGACUGAGCAGGAGCAGGGCAGCAGGGAGAGGAGCAGGAGCACGAGGAGGAGAAAAGUUACCCGGUCAGCAACUGAGACUCACUUGGGUCUCAGUCCCAGUGGAGGAGCCAAGCACAUCAAUGAGCAGAGCAGGAGGAGAGUGAUAUUACAGCAGGGAGAGCUGCAACUUCUCAGAAUCCAGUCCUGUCAUAAGGCAAACAGGAGCCGCUGCACUGCUUACUCCAGGAUUAUCACAGGAAGGCAGAGGACUCUUACUGUGAACCUGCCCCCAAAAAAGUGCCUCUGCUGCUCCAUCCAACUCACUUCUGCAGGAGAUCACAGGAAGGUGGAUGUAGUUGGGUGCCUUUGUCUUUUUUUUUCUUUUAAACUGUGAAGCAGUGGAGAUUUGAAGGGCAAGUAGUUCUGUCUUAUCUCUGGGACUAUGUUAGACUGUGCAUCAGCAGCAGCAGCAGCAGCAGGCGCUCUAGAGCAUGGAGAAGUCCAGCAGUGAGGAGUCAGCCAUUCACCGUAGUCCAUCAGUAGAUAGCCGGGAUUCUGAUUUUCCUCAAGCCUCCACGUCUGGUCGGCCGUUCGGCGGCCGCGGCUUCACUGCCGGCGCUUUCUACGGCUCCACGGGGCCACGCAAAAACGCACAGCAGGGGCCGGCCGGAGCGGCAGCCGACACCGGGGCCGCGGACAAGACCAACAAGUACAGCUCACCCAAAGGCAGCAAAUACGUAGUCUUUUACCUGGACCUAUCCUUUGUGUUCCUUCUAGAGUUCAAGAAGUGCAACAUGGCGAGAGGCUGCUUGUGCUGCUUGAAGUAUCUGAUGUUCAUCUUCAACCUCAUCUUCUGGUUGUGUGGCUGUGGGCUGCUUGGCGUGGGCAUCUGGCUCUCUGUGUCACAGGGCAGCUUCGCCACCUUCUCACCUUCAUUCCCGUCUCUGUCAGCUGCCAACAUGGUCAUUGCCGUCGGCGCAAUCGUCAUGGUGACGGGCUUUCUUGGUUGCCUGGGUGCCAUUAAGGAGAACAAGUGCCUGCUUUUAAGCUUCUUCAUCGUACUGCUGAUAAUUCUUCUGGCAGAGCUGAUCCUCAUCAUCCUCUUCUUUGUGUACUCUGAUAAGGUGAGCGAGAACGCUAAGCAGGACCUGAAGGAUGGGCUGGCUCUUUACAACUCAGAAAACAACAUAGGCCUUCGAAAUGCAUGGAACAUCAUCCAGGCGGAGUGGAAGUGCUGCGGAGUCAUAGCGUACACGGACUGGCACGAGGCCCUGAAGGAGAAGGUGGUUCCUGACCGCUGCUGCCAGGAGCAUUACCAAAACUGUGGCCGCAACUCCACCAACAUGUUCUGGAACCGGGGCUGUUUUGAGAAGGUGGAAGAAUGGCUGGAUGAAAACAAGCAUCUGCUGGGAACCAUAGGCAUGGUCAUCUUGGUAGUGCAGCUGUUGGGCAUGGCGUUCUCCAUGACGCUCUUCCAUCACAUCCACAGAACAGGGAAGAAGUACGACGCCUAACCUGGGUGGAGGAGCCCCACUGCCUGCUGGGAAGAGACUCUGAUUCCAACAUUCUUGCUUUCCGUCUCACUUCACCACUUGUGUAAAGCAUCCUGUCCUCCUUCCUGGCCUGUACAGAUUCCAGCUGUGUUCCUGCACCUUUCCUGCUCUCUCCUCCUCUCAUUCAUUUUGCCAAAGAGUAACACAACUGGAUCUGAAGGGACACCUACUUUUGGCAAGCAAGAGAAUAACAUUGGUUCUGAAUGAAAUAUACUUUGUUUUUUCUCAUCAUUUUUCUUGGACUAACAAUUUGCUGGAAGGAAAGUUGGAUUUUGAGACAAUGAAGACUGAACUAAAGCCCAUACCGCAUCUCCAAGGUGACGAAAACCCAUGAAAUAGAAACUGAAACUUUUCUCCUUUCUGGAGGUUUUUUCAUGUUGAUCAACGCAUUGCUCCCUGUUUUCCCUUGUAAAUGGAUAAAGACCCAAUACGGCAUGCUAGUUUUUUACUUCACUGACUUGCGUGUCUCUGAAACUUUAGUUUUAAACUUCUCAGAUUUGUUUUUUAUUCAAACGCUCAGCGCUCCUGCAGAAUGCUGAGUGGUGAGCAGUUCAGCAUGGCGACCUGGUGGAUGUGCUGCGUGUCGGCUCGGGUUUGACGUGAAGGGGCACAGACAUGUCUGCGUGGUUUUUGUUGUAAUCCAUAAAUUUUUUUUUUUUACUGCGCUGUAGAGAUUAGGGAAAAGGGAAAGUGUUGGAAGAACAUCAUGUGAGUGUGAGGAAUUAUCAGUGGAUUUAUUUGGCAUCGAAUUCAGCAAAAUCCGCUGGGUAAUAAAUUUUAAUUCAUAAAUCUGUCCUUGAACACGCAUUGCUGUGUUCAAAUUCCCCUGUGAGGCAACAUUCACAGCGUUAAGCUGUUUGUCAGCGAAGGGAUCCGGGUGAUAAAGUCUUUUUUUUUUUUUAGACGAAGUGUUUGUGUGUUUAUCUCUGUGUUUGUUUGAUCACUCAGAGGAGGUAAAACCUGGAAUCAGAGAGGAAAGAGUAACGGCAGACAUGUUUUCUCACUGUUGCAGCCAUCACUUGUGCAGGCAGGGGGAGGCCAGCAGCUUCUCCUCCAGCUCUCAUUCAUUCAGUCACCCUCAACUCAACCCUGCCUCCAUUUUUUUCUGUUUACACCCCGAUUCUCUUCCCACAUUUCAGGAAGCAGUGAGUUUGACAUUCCUGCUCAUUACUCAGUCACACCUCUGGUUUGCAACUUCACAUAUUUCAUGUAAGCUUACUUUUUAUGCAGCCUAAAGAGGAAUUGGUGGGGGGCUGGGAUCAAAGCCAAGGCGGAUAGAUAUAGCAACACAAACCCUGUAGGACACAUCUGUUUACGCACUGAUGCACCACAGGAAGCCGGGGCAUCAGUCUGCCUCCUGCAGACCAGAAAUACUCUUCAUCUGCUGGUGGCUUGAAGAGAAUGCCCCCCAGUUUAUCUCAGAAGGUAUAAAGAGGUGUGAAGAGCUACCUUUAUUGGAUGGGGAUCGGUUUAGCUGCGCCUGUCAGGCUUAGGUUAUUCAGUUUUUGACGUCUCCGGGGUAAAUUGUUUUGACAUCGACAACGAUGAAAAAGAAACAGCAAAUCAAGAGACAAGUUACAGAAAGAAAAGACCUGAGAGGUUUAUGGCUUUAUUUACAGCAGGGAUGCUCCGUUCACAGAGAACGAUGCUACGCUGCAGCGCAUCCGCACAAAGUGAAACAGGUCAGCUUUAAUCAGAGAGACGGUUGAUUAGGUGCAAACUGGAGCAGAUCUGAUUGCAGAUUAAGCACAAAUGAUCAGAUAUGAGCAGUAAGAAGUGAAAAAAGAACAUAUGUCCUUUAACCCCGGCGUCCCUUUAGGUUGUUUUCUUAAAGAAUGUCAUUAAAAUAUUAUAUGCAAAAUAUUUUUUCACACAGCAACUAAUACUCACUAAUUAGUUUUAUUUUUAAUUUAAUUUUUUUAUUCUAAUGAAUUUUUUAGUGAUUCUGUAUUUGAAUCAAAUUACAUGAUUUGAAAAGUCCAGAAAGGACACAGAUUACUUUAUUUUGCUUAAAAUUAAUUACCUGGAGAGACAAAGACUCAUGAAAAAUUCUAAUUCAGCUGAUUUCAUACAUCACCUGGUCGAUAGACACGCAGUAACUGGAAAAGUUCUGCAAAACUAAAAUAAAACAGAAGAAAUGUCCGAUGAUUUUUCAGGCUCACUCCUUCUCUACUUUUCCAGCCUCUGCCGGAUCGUCUUUGUGGUUUUCUGCUGCUGCAGCCCCUUUUUUUUAUUUUUUAUUUUUUGUGACACAUCAUUGUGUCUAUGAUUAUAGUUAGUGGCUUUGUUUGUUUAGAAAGCUACCCAGUGGUAUUGUUCGCAGCGUACGCCAGUUAGGCAGAAUGAGGUCGAGACAGCGCUGUCGCCUGAUUGGUGAUUCUGUUUCCAUUUAAUUCACUGCAAUUACUCAGCUGAAGCCGCAGCAUAAAGGCACUGCAUGCCUGAGGUGCAUCCCACUGAAUAAAUAACAUUUCUAAUCUCCCUCACAAGCCUGAUUUCCACCUGUCCAAAAGGACUUUUCUGGACUCAGACUUUGCAGAGCUGCUGGCUGCAUUCACAGCCUGAACUUCCAAAGCAGCUACACAAAGUGUUAAAGUGACUGUAAUUCACAUUUGGUCCAAAUUUUUGCAUUUUGCGUCACUUGAAGCUUGAACUCUACAGAAGAGGAUUAGGGCCAUUGAAAAAAAACAACUAAUUUUAAUCUCAGCAUUAUGACUUUAUUCUUUCCAUUAUUUUCCAGAAUUUUGACUUUAAUCUCUGAGAAUUUUGAAAUUUAAGUCAGAAUUCUGAGAAAAAUUUAAGAAUUAAAUUUUUUCAGUGGUCAUAUUUCUCUUCCGUAGAACUCUGUAUGUUUGUGCAAAAUUACAUCAAAAUUGUUGCGUUUUAAUUGAUCUUCUGGCCAGAGGGCAGCUGGGGUUCCUGGUUUGUUCUGCAGAUUUAGAGCGCUCUAUGCAGCCUGAGACAUUCUGCGUCUCUACUUGUUGUGUCCAUGGGGUUAACAUGACAGCUGCUGUUGUACAGUGCAUGCACGACUGCUUGCUCCCUCUCUUAGCCCCCACAGCUUGGCUGCCUCCACAAACUCCACACGACUGUUUUCCCCCUUAUUUGCCGCCUCGCUCUGCAGAUGCUGGCUUCACAUUGAGACGCUGCAGAGAAGCAGCUCAGCUCUGUGGAAAGCAGCAGCAGAGGAAAACGUUCUGCACUGAGGAGGGUUACGGGAGGAAUCAGUGUUACUGUCGCAGCUACAUGUGAGGCUGCACUGUACACCUCACAAAAAAUCUAGGUGAAUAUUUCACUGUACUCACGUUAAAUAGAAAACACAAGGACGCAGAAUGUUGAGGAUAAAAAUUCUCCAGAUGUGACGUUGUGGUUCAAAGCCUGCAGUUUCUGUAACGCUUCGCCGCUGACUCAUCCGAAUACACAGAGACUCUGAGUGUGAACUCUGCUUCAACCCUGCCACUGUCGCUUAGUUUGGGUUCAUCUGUGUGUUUUUUUUAGAACGUAGGGCCAAAUGACAUUUUUACAAAAGCUGUCCAGUGAUGUUAUUUUUGUAUGUUGGUUGUUGCUGUUUUAAUGUUUGUUUUCUACUGUUUUUGUUGGCUUUUUGUUCCUGUUUGUGACAGACGCUCCCCUGACUCUCAUUGUACGCAGAUGACACCUUUAAUUCAUUUUUUACACAAGGGAUUAGUCUUGGCAGCGCUUCUGCUUCUUUACAAGGUGCAAAAAUGCCUUUUUUUGUCUUAAUACUGGAACAAGCACAUCAAUUCAGAAUGAAUGGAAAUGUAGCAAAUACACUUUACUGCCAGCAGUAUUCUCAUCUCAGAGAUACACAGUCCUAUAUAUAAGUUGGUAUAUGAUGGCAGCCCAGCCGUUGCAGCCAUUCUCCCGACUUUUUCAGUCUGAACGGCUCACUUCUGAUUGUUUCACCCCCCCUAAAAAAUCUGUUUUGUUCCACGUCCAUAUGUGUAACUAAAUUGAAUAUGUAUCUGAUUGUUUUCAAAUCUUCACACCUUGUGUCAAACUGAAGGUGCGGGGGCCAAAAGAGGGCCCCCGCACCAAAAACUUAGUCAAAGUAAAGCAGUUUUUAUCUCAGUUUUUUUCAACACAGCCAAAUUACAUCAACAUGAAAAGAUGUUCAAAUAUUAUUUAAUUUUAUUUAUUGAUGCAGAGACCGCUGUUUAUUCAUAUUUCAACAGUUUAAUAGGUUUUAUCAAUACAUUUUGACUCAACUGGCUAAAUUUGAUCUUAGCCAAAUUGAAAAUGAUUUUGACAUCGUUGGUCUGAAUUUUCAUGUUGCAUUUAAUCGGACUUUUACGUGAAACAUGGAUCAUAGUUCUGCACCAGAAGAAGCCGUAAACAAUGGCUAAAAACUGUAAUUAUAAAAUUAUGAAAGAAGUGUGUGUGUGUGUCAGUGACGUGUAACAAAUCCCAAUCCCAUCACUCCUGGUCCGACUCUACAUCCAAAUAGAACCGGGUCAGAACCAGCUCAGAAGUUGCAGUCGUGGGCUUUCUUCUUCUUCCUUUUCCUCAUCUUAUGAUUUUGUGUCAGUUACAUUAAAAUGGGUCUAUAGACGGCGGCGUCCAUUAUUACUGCCAUAAACGGAGUGCUGCUGCGUCACGUCUACGUUCUUCUUCUGUGAGUCGCUUUGAUGUUAAAAACCGUUCAUACAGAAAUCUGAUUGUGGUCGCAUUUAAUUAGCAGAAUCAAUGACCACACAAAAAAAUUUACAAAAUUAUAAUUGAGCUUUGAAAUUUGCUGUGAUUUUACACAGUCUUUGUGGCUGUAAUUCCCAGUUGUUUCCACUUUGCUUUGCUACCACUAACAGUUGACAUGGAAUAUUAAUUUUUUUUACAAAUGUUUCUAGAAACAGUCUACCUUCCCAAAUGCUGGAUUUGAUGCUCCUGUUGCAGCUGAAUCCAACGAUUUGGACGGCUGAGCGAAUACUUUUGGUCAUAUAGUUGAUGACUGGAGACGCAUCGAUUCCACUUCUAGUUUUAAAUAAAUGAGGAUGUGCAGUUUAACUGCUCAUGUAACUAAUAUAUCAGCCCCAUGUGUAUAUAUAGAAAUAUAUUCUCAUUUUACAACUGAUUUAAGUCAGUGUUUGCUUCAACACAAAUGAAUAUAUUUACACUGACAGCUCAAUUUUCUAACAAACUAUGUGCUUUCACGCUUACUUAGACAUACCUUCUUGUACUGUAUGUGUCUGUUUUCCUUGUUUGCUGUUCUUCCUCCACUUGCAGUGUAAAUUUUAUGUAAAUUUAUGUUUUUAUCAGUAAGCUUUUCGUGUCUUGUUUGACUGGAUUUUGAUCUUGUAGUAAAAACAUUUCUUUUUCAUUUCAGAAGAAGCAUAAAAUAUUCUUUCUCAUCCCUCAGUAAGUCACAGAGAUGCUGAGGACUAAAUGCAUCGCAGCGAUCCGGGUUUUGUGCAGCACUGAGGGACUUGGAGCAGUUUCUUUUUAUUUGAAUCACUUAAUUUUUUUACCUCCUUUUGGCGUAUUAUUUUGUGUAAUCUGCUCUGAAUCCGUCUUCUGAGCUGAAGCUGUAUCUUUGAGCGGUGGAAAUGAUGUUCUACUGCAGAAACGGCGUGUUUGAUGUUGUGCUCUGCUCGGCGGCAUUGUCUGAUGCCUGCCAACAUCGUCCUGUGACUUCCUGCCACAAAGCUACUCUAUCCGAGGUGGUGCACUUCCUGCUCUUUCUCUCCAAAUCAACUAUUUUUUAAAUAAAGGAAAGUGUGUCACUAAAUCCCAAGAUGGCGCACAGUCAUUGCCUUUCCUGUUUAAUGACUCAUUGCUUCUGAUUUAUUCUCAUUUAUAUGUUGCUGUCAAUUUUAUAGGCCACAUUUAAAUACUGAUUCAGGUUUUAUGGAGUGGUGACAGUGAGAGGAAUUCGCCAGUCCAGAUCUCAUGAAGUGUUUAAUGAAAGAGAGGCAUCCCUGCAUCAAAGCUGCUUCUUCCUGGUAAUCCUGCAGUUCUCCUGGAGAUGAGCUAAUGGCAGUCGGCAGGUUGAGCUCUGAGGGUCUUUAGAGAACAAAAAGGAGGUGAUGAAAGUCCAAACUAUUGGCAAAUUGUCUCGCACUUUAACAGGACGGAAUGAGCAGCAGCAUGUUUUCCACAGAUCCCCCCUUUUUAACCUAAUGUCAUCAGAAGUAUCUGUGUGUGUGCAGGGGUGUGUGUGGGUGUGUGUGUUACAGAGAGUAAAAGAGAGAAUGCAUGUUUUGUGCCAUUCCACCCUCAUUUUUGUUUUUUGUUGUUUUAGAUUGCUGUUAUUUCUAUGCAAAACUCUGAUCUAUUUUAGCCUUUGUACAGAUUAUUUUGUAUGGGUAACAUGUACUGAAAUAAAGUAAAAGUAAUCUAGA